GUCCAACUUCCGUCGGGGCUUGAGUGAGGCCAGGCCCAGCGAGACAUUCCCGAAGGCGGUCCCGCCGAUGAGGAGGGAAGAGGGCGAGGCCGCGAGGCCGGAUGUGAGCGGAGCGGCCGCUUCCUGUUUCCUCACAGGCUCCGCUCGCCCGCCCCGCGCUUUGGGUGGUGGCCGUUGCUCUGGCGGCGCCGUGACCGUUUUCCCUCAGUCAACUUCCUCUCCUCCCACGGGAAAGAGCCGAGGCCCUUUGGGGAUUUCCUCCUCGGUCUCCUCCCCGCCACGACGCCUCGCGGGCUCCUCGGCGAGCAACAGGAACCGGCGGCGACGACGACGAAGCAGCAGCAGCAGCCGCCCCGAUGCAGGCCAUUAAGUGUGUGGUGGUGGGAGACGGGUAAGUCGCCGCGGACCCUGCCCCCGGGAUAAGAGCCUUCUCCUCUCCCGUCCGGGCCUCUCGCAUAUUUGGGUUGCCAGGACCCUCGCCUCCAGCCCCCCGCCUCGGCAACGGGAGGAAGAAGGGGAAAUUCUGACUCAGGCGGGCCUGGAUAGCGCAGGCUGAGGGGGCGACUUUUUCCUGCCGAGUGUAGGAGGCGCAGGAGGGGGAAGGUUUGCAGCGGAGUCCAAUGCUGGAUCUCUGGGAUUAUGAGAAGGGAAUAUACUUUUAAUAUGCCACGGAAAUUGGGUUUUUUUCCUGUGCGCCUCCAAAUACAUGCAUAAGCACAGCCCCUCACCCCAACAUAGCAGUCAUUUCUGUUCCCCAACCUUCAAUACAUACACAUACACACUCCAGGAAGAAUGGGCGUCUUGUGCCAAACCCUAAUCUCCACAUGUCUUUUUGUGCCUUUUGGCUAUGUGAGGUGGGGAUGGGGCGCUCUCUUCCCUGGACCCGAGCAUGUGGAGCUUGGCUCUCCUCCCCACCCCCUGCCAGUCUCUUAAUUCUUCAAUAUAGUUCUGAGUAAACACAACUAGAAUCCAGAUGUUGCCACAGUGCUCAGUAGGACCUUACUUCCUUGUAAGAACUGUGAGGGUCAAAGCCCUAGUUGCCACGGUUUGUCCAUGCAAGCUGGGUAGGACUUUUCGCCUGCGGUGAUUUUGUCCAGCAAGGCUAUCUUUACUUCAGGGUAACCCCCUUCGAACUUACGUAGUUUCAUAAAUGAGCGUGCGUAACAUGCAGAAGUCUUGUGCUACUCCCAAGGAAGUGCAUAGGAUCGCCUCCCAAGUCUGCCAAACCUGGACUGUUGCUUUCCCCUUCUCCUUUCUCCCCUUUACUAGCUGCUCCUAAUGUUAGGUAUUCUUUCAACAUGUAGUAUGUGGUUAGUCCUGAGGAAUUUCAGCACCCACCCUCUGAUAAUGCUGCUUCUACUAGGAUGAAACAUAGGGUGCUUCCUGAUGUUGGGGUGACUGCUACUAAGAGCAGCCACUAGCCAUUUGCUGUUGAGCAGCUUCUCGACAGAAGUGCCACAGAACUUUAUUCACUAACUCCAGCAGUAAGGAGAGGGCUGGGCAUAGAGGGGAAAUGACUACAAUGCAUCCAGCAGUUCUAGAGGUACCUAUACAAAGGGAGGGGUUUCCUUCCAUGGGAGGUGUGUUGGCAGCAACUGUGCUCCAAGACUUAAGGGGUCAGCAUUUGCUUUUGUAGUAGAGGAAGGUAAUCUCUGAAGAGAUGCUUAUGUACAAUGAGACUUUAACAUCUGGCUUUGCAAGUUUUGAACUGAGGCAAUAAUGUUAUCUGUGUAGAUUCCAGUGAGGUGUAGAUUUAUUGCAAUCAUUAGAUACGAUUAUGCUUCCAAAAUUCAGUGACUAGUCUUGUGGGCUUUGCAUGAAUUGCUUUUUGCCUGUUGUAGUACUGGUGUCAAACCUCUGCUUUGUUUUGAGGUUAACAAAGGAAACCCACUUCCUAAAAUCAUUCAGAAGUUGUUCAAGGCUGUGCUACCAUGUAUAUUUUCUAGGUAGUAAAUCUCAUUGAAUGAAUUGGCUUGUUCCUAAUGUUUGCUCAGAAGUAAGACAUGUUGCUUGCUUGGAGCACUUGGGAUGAAUUCGGUGUAAAAUAAACAAAUAAGCAUUUAUAUAACAAUGACUUAAGCUAGUAACUUUCUGUCUCUGAAGUCUUCACUUUCCCCAUAACCUUCAUACAUACAUAUGGAGGGGUAAGUGAUCAACACAUUUUUUGAAUUUUUCACUGAGUUUAACUUGAUGCAAAUUAACUUGUAGAAAAAGGGUUAUUCGGUUGUUUCUGUUUAUAUUUUGAUGGUGUAUUUUGUGUUUUUAUAUUGUAAUUUUAUAUUGUGAACUGCCCUGACUCAGGGCAGUAUAUAAAUUUACUACUACUACUACCAAUAAUAAUAAUAAACAAACAAACAAACAAACAAACAGAUAAGCCUAUUCUUCCCUCUAAGAACAGAAGAGCCCUGCUGGAUCAGCCCAAAGGCUUAUCUAGGCCAGUAUUCUGUUUCCUAUGGUGAUGAACCAGAUGCCUUUUGGAAAGCCCAUAAACAGGACAUGCAGACAGAAACCCUCUCUGCUGCUGCUGUUCCUCAGCAACUUGGCAUACAGAUAAUAUGCCGCUUCUGAUCAUAAACAUAGAAGAUAGCCAUUGUGACUAGUAGCCAUUGAUAAUCAUUCUCCUCUUUUCUGCUUUGCCACCAACAUAAGAUGGUUUCAAAUUACCAGAUGGUUUUAACUUUCUACAACUUGUGGUAGUGAAUUUCAUAGUUUUAACAAUGUGCUGUGUAAAGAAGUACUUUAUUUUGUGAGUCCUGAGUCUCCCACCAUUCAGCUUCUCUGCAAUUGAAGUUAUGCCUACUUCAGUUUGUGUGUUUAUUUAUUACUUCUAUAGUCAACCCCUAACAGCCUUGUGAGUAGAAUAUAUAUAGAGAGAGAGAGCUUCUUGGAUGAAUAGGGAUUUAACUCCAGUUUCUACAGUCCUAGUCAAACAUAAGGCUUCUCUUGGUUAUUGUAGAUUACAGAAACUUGGGUACAAGUGUAUAUAUUUAGGUGAUCCUACUAGUAUUGGAUUACACAGUGGUAAUGUUUGCUUAUUCCAUCACACAACAGGUAUGAAAAUAUGUUUAUGCAUUGAUAGUGCUCCAUAAAGGUGUCACACACAGAGGAACCCUUUUUUGUUCUCCAAACUGAUGUGACACAUGGCUUCUGUUAUAAAGAUUAUGCUAAAAUGUAUGUGUGUUUCAACUCUCUUGUGUUUUUCAAUUAUUGGGACAAGGCAGUUUCCAUCAUUUGUGUGUCUCUUUCCCCCCUCUUCUAGACGUCAGCUCAGAGGAGCAUUGGAGGCCAGCUGGAAAACAAGACUAGUCUUAUCCCGUUAGAUUUUUUUUUCCAAAUAGAAACAAAAAUCCUGUGUUGUCUAUAACUGAGCAUUACAACAAAUCUGUGUAGCUUCUCUGAGAAGUACAGAUAACAGCUCUGCGUAUCACCAUUGCUAUCUCCAUGUAAUAUGAUGUGUAGUUCAGUCUUCAGAUUACAAAUAAAUCUGAAGAUUCUUGUAAAAUAACGGAUGAAAUAUAAUUCAUAGUAUAUGUAUGAGGGCUGAAAGUCUAAAGAUUGAUGAUAGCUCAGUAAUUAGUUGAGCUUGAUAGUAAGCCAGUCAUUUUACCUGUCCGAGGAGAUUACUUGGAACCCGUAUUUGAAACUGAGAUAGAAAAGCUGGGAGCCAAAUGGCUUCUGGGACCUGGGUUGUGGGCGCCAAAACAGAAUGUCUAGUUGCUAUUGGGGGGGGGGCGUUGUCAGCAACACUUUUUAUUUAUUAUUUUGAUAAGCAUGAAGUAAUAUGCAAUUCACAUAAGUGACACAUUGUUAAUAUCACAUUUUUAGCAGAAAUUGUUGAUAAAUGUUUAAUUUGGUGUUUACAAUAAAAAUAUUGGUACCAUACUCCAGUUUUCAAAACACUAUUCUUUAUUGUUAAACUCCUUAACUUAUUGUCUAUGCUUAACAUAUACUUUGAGGCUUCAAAGCUCAUACAUUUCAGUAAUCCUUGGAGAAUGUGGAUUAUCUAGGCCCAUUCUAGGUUGGAUUUUGGCGCUGAAACAGCCUUGAUUGCCCUAAUUGAUAACCUGUAUUGGGGGAAUAGGACUCUGUUGAUUCACCUUGAUCUCAUGUUGACUUUUGGUACCAUCAACAAUGCGUAUCGUCCAGGAGCAGUGUGGUGAGGUGGGAGUUGGAGGCAUAGUGUUAUGGUCGUUAUGCUCAUACCUACAAUUCCACUACCACCCAACAGCAUUUCUUUGUCUUCUCCAUGCAUAGGAUCUCCUACUUGCUUGUUCUGCCUCUUCCUUUGAACAUAGACAAAGAAACCUUUAGUAUUAUUUUUAACCUCUCUUGCAAGCCUGAGCACAUUCUGAACUUUGGCCACCUGACCUCCCCCAACUGUUGGUUAUUCAUGUAUACUCCUCCUUAAUGAUAUUUCCCCUUUCAUUUCUUAUGCAUGCCCUUCUGAAAUCUCAGCUCAUCUGUAUGCUCCUUAUGUAGCCACAUCAGUUUUUUUAGAUGCCUCCCGCUUUUCUUUCUUGUUGGAAUUGUCUGCAUUUCUGUAUUCAGUAUUGCAUCUUUAAGAAACUCACAUCUUGGACUCCUCUUUGAGUAUUUCUGACCAUGAGAUAUCAACCAGUAGUUUCUUAAGCUUUUUGAAAUUGGCCUUCUUAAAUUCCAGAAUGCAUGUCCAACUAUACUCUGCUUUCCCUUUCCUCUGUAUCAUGAAAUCCAAGAGGACAUAAUCACUUCAUCCAGUGUUCCUAGUACUUCCACUUUAUCAAUCAGUUCCUCUAUGUUGGUGAGAAAUAGGUCCAAGACAGAUGACCCCCUUGUUGCUUCUUCCACCUUCUGGGAAAUGAAACAGUCAUUGAGGAAAUGGAGAAAUUUGGUGGACUUAACAUUCUUGGCCGAGUUUUAAUCCCAACAGAUGUCAGGGUAGUUGAAGUCUCCCAUGACUACUAUAUCUUUCAUUUUUGAAUGUUUGGUAAUCUGCUAUAGAAAAGUCUUCAGUCUGGCUUGAAGGCCUAUAGUAGACACACACAGUAAGGCCACUGUUAUUACCAUCUCCUAUGAUUUUUACCCAUAUACUCUCAAUUUGCCUUCCAUGUUCCAAGUCAUGAAUCUCUUCCCAAGUGUACAUUUCCUUUACCUAUAAUGCUGCUACUCCUCCCUUCCUGUUUGGUCUAUUCCUUUUAAGUAGGUUAUUCAUUUUGAAUGUAGGUAUAGGCAUGUAAGAGUUUCUUGGUGAGAAUUGGGAUGGUGUGGAAAGAUGUGUGGAUUUGGAUAGGAGUAGUUAGGAGAGUAUGCAGAAAUCCUGAUUACUGACACCAGAAGUUCCAUUUCUGCUUUUUUGAGUUCUGUGGCUCUAUUUACUAACAAAAAGAGCUUACAAGUUAAAUAUGAAAGUGAAAUUUUCAGGAAGCUGUAUAUUCCCACCAAUUUUCCAUACUGUGCCAUAGUCACAAACCAUUUUCAUACCAUCCAUUGGCUCAUUGGGGAAAAAAUGACUUAAUGUAUGUAACCCAUGCAUAAAUGUCUUGUUAUAAUAAUAUUACUAUCAAGAGGCUAAUAUUUUAUAGUGAAAUAUUUUGUUUUAGGUCUAACUUGUGACACACAACACAGAGCAUUUAAGGGUAUUUGAAUAAACCCUAUUAUGGUAAUAAAAAAGUGCAUGUAAUAGUUCUGUUUUGUUUUUAAAUCUGGGGAAUAUUUUUUAAAACAAAACUAGAAAGUUAUUGCAGAGUAGGAAGGAAAUUCUAUCUUUAUUUAAAACUUUCUACUCAUGCCAUCAAAUUAUUAAUUUGGUUAGUGCAAGUAGGUCAGGCAGAGCAUAGCUGAAACAAUGCUCACCUAACUUACAACUUUCUGACUUAGUUCUAUGCUUUAAAAAGUUGCACAUCUAGCACAUACAUCUUUCCAUAGAGAGGAGUUGGGUUUACUGAGACCAUUCAAAGCUUUACAUGUACAGUACUUGAAUUGAGUGAAUCAUUACGAAGUCUAAGGAGAUGAAACCUUCAUUUUGGAGUGGAAUAUCUGUGCAGAACUGAUUCAUAGGGCAAAGAGCCAGCAAACUGAGAAGGCAGGAAGCCUAGAAUUGAAGAACUGUAGAGCUGAGGCCGGUGGGACCUGUUUGUUCUUGUUGGCAUCUCCUUAUUAGUUUUAGUGGAAUUGCCUGAUGUGCUUAUAGAGCCACGGCAGAGGCAGCUCUUGAUCCUUCUGUGCUAGACUUGAAAUCUUUCACCACUUCUUUCCAAAAUGUGUUUGAGUGGUUUUGUGCUGCUUCUUCAAAUUAAGCCAUGGUUUAAAAUAAACUGGUUUAAUAUGACAUGCAGAUCAACUAUUAUGCAUUCAGAUUCCUGUGUUUGAUAAUAAAAUUCAGGCUUUUCUGCCACACUUCCUAACCCUGAAAUAUAUCUGUGCUGUGUGGUACUGUUUUAGCUAAAAUCAAAUUUGUGCACAUUUGUGUGUGAAUAUAUGCUACCUUACUGGCAUUGGUCUCAAGGCACUGGACCAGUUCAGGUACUACUUCACUCUUAGUGUUGCAUGCGUGCUCUUUCCCGGCUGCCCCUUCCUGAUUCUUUGCUGUUGUGGGGAGAAAUUAAUAAAUAAACCAGAGACUACUUUAAUGUGGCAUCUCUCUGAUCUCAGAGGAUGAUACCCGAGAUUCUGCAUUCACAUAAAUGAAAUGGUGAGAUCCCGCCAUUGAUAUACUUUGCCCUGUGGCAAGGGAUCUUUCUUGGAUACAGCUCUGAGGUGAACUAUUGUCUGGAUAGGUUGCUAUAUUCCAAGCUUUGAAAUGUGUGCAACAGGCUGUUCAAGGAGUGCUAAGAUACAUAACCACACCUGGCAAUGCCUGAUUUCUCCACAAAUGUCUAUUAUGCUUUGUGCUUACACAGUGACUUUCAUCUUCAGAGCACUUUGCAAACACUAGUAAUUGCAAAGCAAUUACCUCACCACUCAAGUUAAGAAAGCUGAAGAGACUGUGACCUGGAGCUGGGAUUGCAAGUUGAAAAGUUCUUCUAGUAUUGAAUUUAAAUGGUUAAACUGUCUUCUGAAAGUUUAACAGUUGUUCAAACUGGGCUAGCAUGUCACUGAAUACCAGUUGCAGGUGGGGGAGAGAUAAUAGUGCAUAGAGUUAAUGCUUUCAUGUUCUGCCUGUGGGCUUUCUAGAGCCCUCUUGUUGAGGGGAACGCUGCUGAACUAGAAGGACCUUUAGUCUGAUCUAGCAGGAUGUGUAUGUUCCGUCUUUCUUAAAAAUCUGACGUUUUUAAAGAAACAAACAAAGCUAGAAGAAAUUGGAGGAAGGAGCAAUAGCCAGUGGAUUUCAGAAGACAGUUUAACAAUUUAAAUUCACCAUUAAAUAGCACCAUUGCCAAAACGGGAGCCAAAAUGUUAGAGAACUAAGCUGUUUGAAAACCAAGGUACAACUGUAUUGGUUUAAUAAGACUCAAAAUUAACCCCAUUUAAGACAAAUUACAUUUAAACCAAGAACGUAGAGGCUUAGAACAAGCAACAAUCCUAAACUAACUUUAAAUUGUGGUUUAAAAUCUUGGCUUUUUCCACACCUGGUAACCAUAGUUUCCUGGUCUAGAUGUUACCUGAAGAUUACCUGGCCAUGUGAAGUAUGAAGAAGUGAUAAUGUUUGGGAAAGUACAUGGAUGGAGCACACACAUCUGCUUCCCCAACAUGAGGCUUGUUAACUAUUAUUUGAUGACCAAAAUUCAGAUAUACCAUAUAGAGAGAUGUUUACAAUGCCAUUAAGCUGCAGCUGCAGCUGCACAGGUUAUAGCAAGAAAUUGGAAAGCUGAAGAUCAGGGGUAGGCAACCUAAGGCCCAUGGGCCACAAGCGACCCACGAGAGUCGAUUCAACUGGCCCCCGAGCCGCCCGCUCAGUGAGUCCCCGUGCGCUGUGCUAAACUGGCGCAGCACGGGGACUUUCUUCCGCAGUGCCGGAAAUCGCCGACGCGCACACGCAAUCCAGCCCACAGAUUAAUCUGCACCGGUGAACCGGCCCAGGUGAGGUAAACCUUGCCGACCCCUGCUGAAGAUGGAGGAACAUGUCAAUAAUGGAAAAUUUUAAUAGGGGAAUAAAUUGUAAUGGGAAGAUUAACAGAGCAAAGAUUGAAUGAGACAAACAAACCUGGAAGAUAAUUUCAUAUGGUGGUGGUACAGAUUCCUUCUCUAAUCAAGAACUAGUGAAAUUGGGAUCUCAACACCAACUUCACAAAAACGGUUCUGGAGAAACUUGAUAGGUUGAGAUGAUGAUGAUGAUUUUAUUAUUUGUACCCCACCCAUCUGACUGGGUUACCCCAGCCACUGUGGGUGGAUUCCAACAAAUAUAAAAGCAAAAUAAAACAUCAAACAUUAAAAACUUCCCUGAACAGGGCUGCCUUCAGAUGUCUUCUAAAAGUCAGAUAUUUAUUUCCUUGACAUCUGAUGGGAGGGUGUUCCACAGGGCAGGCACCAUACUGAGAAGGCCCUCGGAGCUAAUUCCCUGUAGCUUCACUUUGCAUUCUGAGGGAACCACCAGAAGGCCCUCGGAGCUGGAUCUCAGUGUCUAAACCAGAGAUGAAACAAUGCACUUCUCUUCACAUUUCCCCUAUAUAUUAUGAAAAUAAAGAUUAUCAUGUGAAUGGGCUCUUAUCAGGACUUUUUCUUUCUCUCUUAACAGUGCUGUAGGUAAAACAUGCCUACUCAUCAGUUAUACAACCAAUGCAUUUCCUGGAGAAUAUAUACCCACUGUGUAAGUAUUUCCUUUUGUAUCUUUAGCACUUUUUCAUGUCCAAAGGGCUGUAGAGCACUUGACUUGCCUCUUUUUACAAUAGUGAAGUGAGGUAGGUUGAGCUGAAGGAAAUUGUAUCCAAGGACACCCAAUGAGCUUGGUAGCUGAUCAUGAGUUGGACUUGCAUCUCUGACCACUGGUUCACAGCCAUAAUCACACAGCUAAUUGUUCAAACCUUGUAAGCAGCAGUCUGUGACACCCAUGUGCUUUGAAUUAGUUGGCUCCUAGCUGUGCAUGUUACAUGUCUAAAAGUCAUGUAUAUGUCAGAAGAAAAGGUGUGUUUACCUCAGUCAUAUUAUAUGUCUGAAAGGGUGUAUUUGCCAGAGGCUGAGGAUAUGCAUAGGUGAUGGGAAAUGUGUCUGGCCCUUUGUAACCAGAGAAACAACCCUUUAAAUAGUAUUUCAGUCCUACUGUCUACAAACAAGAGAGUAGUGUUAUGCUUGCCUGCCUGUGAAAAGCUAGCAUAUCUGAAAAAAAGUUAUUUUCAUGCAAUAUUAAAAAGCAUGCAAGGUAUAGGAUUUGGGGGAAGCUACAUUGACUGAAGCAAAUAAGGACUGUAGAAGAGCAAAGUCAUGGACUUACAUAAAUCCCAUUUGCUGUAAUGAGACUUGCUCAGGAGUCGUUCCUAGUGGAUUAAGCCUCAUGUGACAAAACAUUUUAAAGUGUUUUAUAUAUGUGAAAUACACAUACGUGGCACCUAAAACUAAGUGGAGAAGGUGCCAUGCAAAUCCCUUUAGGUGAUAAUCCUGCUCUAAAGUGACAGCAGUGUGAUGCACAGAGGGAUAGGGUUUAAAGAAAAUACACUAACUUUCCCCCCUCACUCCGUAGCUUCGACAAUUAUUCUGCCAAUGUGAUGGUUGAUGGAAAGCCAGUCAAUCUGGGCUUGUGGGAUACAGCUGGACAAGAGGACUAUGACAGACUACGCCCGUUAUCUUACCCACAGACAGUAAGCUUUUAUAGUGGAUGAUUUGACGUCUGUGUGUGUGUGUGUGUGUGUGUGUGUCUAAUUGCAGGCUUGCAGAAGAUUAAGGAUGCUUUCACUUUGAGUGUAAAAUGUGCUGAACCAACAUGCCAAGACACUUAACAAACUGCACAGGGACUAUGGUGAAGCCUGCAUUAAUCCUUGCUAGUCUAAGCAGGGGCUAGUAGCAGCUAUGUGAGAAGCAGAGUUCAAAAGAACAAUUGUUGAGCAAACUCUUCCCAUUAAUUGGUGUCUGUCUCUUGGUAACUUUCCAACCAGUUCUAAUUUACCGCUGCAAUCCCAAGCCAGCUGUGUUAGACACUGGCAGCUGAAGAAAUCUGACUGAGCUCCUGGAAACGCCUCUUGUGUAAGUUCACGUCAAGAGCAUUUUCAGGUGUAAUGUCUUGCACAGCCAGUUGAGCAGGUGGUACCGGAUCAUCAUGUCUGAACAACAACAUGCCUUUACAAAUUUCUUUCACAGGUUCUUUUCAGACAUGAUCUCGUGCUGCCAGCCAAACAUGAAAGUAACUUCAUCUUUACUUGGCUGUGCAGCAUUACCAUGUCUGAAGCCAUCCUGAUGUAAUUCUUGUGCGUAAGCUUUUACUUCUGCAUGAUGACUCAUUUGUUUCUAUGGGGCUUGUGAAGGUGAGCUUCCGGUGGGUGUCAAAAUCUCUAAUCCUUAAUAAGCAGGUUCUGUAAUUGCAAACUCCUUAAUGCAAAAGCUUUCUGCCUCCUUACUGCUAUUUAACCACUGUUGCUAAUGUUAUAUUUUUAACAUGCUCUAAAAUGUUUAGCUUGCUCGUCUUGUGGAGUUGUUGCUCUGCUGCUCCCAUUUUUUUUAGAAUGGAAUUUGAGACUGCAUUAGUAGUUUCCCCCCAGAACAAUCCAUUCCUUCCUUUGGCUGAGCUCGUUGUUCAAGUUUCUGAUUUAGCACAGCGUCCGUUGGAUCUCAAGGCUGAACGGCACUGUCGAAAUAGUUACAGUGAAUCUGUGCUGUGCUUAGAAUAUUCCAGAACAACGCCACUGUUAAAUAAUCUAGGGUACAAAAUAGUUUCAUCAGCAAGGCCCUUGAUGGGAGGUCAGCAACCCGGCUAAAAAGCAGCCUUUGUUCAUUCUUGCUGUUCAGGCACAGUCUGACACUAUCAUCGCUAAGCACUGAUGUUCAGCUUUUCACUGGGGGGCAAGAGAUGAAUUGUGACACAGGGGCUCAUUUAAAUGAAAAUGUGAGCAAGGCUAUAGCUCUGAAAUGAGUAGAUCUGGAUGGCAGUAGUAGGGGCAAAAUGUAUUGACAGCACUGGGCAUGAAAUAUAUUGGCAGCCUCCUUGCGUGUUGCCUUCUGAAUUGCUCUUGUGCUGCCAUUUGUCCGUUCCUGCUGUUGGGGGCAGGGAGUACAGAAUGAAUGAUGAGCGACUACUGUAUCUCAGCUCUUCCAAAAUCCACUUCCCCAAAGAUACUAAUUACAAAGGUUAAUUCCUUGUUCUUAGAUAGCAUUUGUUUUUCUCUUAUAUGAUAGGUUAAGAUUGGUUUGAUUUCAAGUGAAGAAUUUAUUGUUUAAUGAAUUGGGUUAUAACAAAACUUUAUUGCACAUAGAUAAAAUCAAAAAUUAAAUAAAACCACACCCAUAAUAAAAGCAAACAAGCAACAGAACAGGGUGUAUAUAAGUAAUCUGUUUGUAAACACAUCCCAAUACAUAGGGACAUUUUGAUGAGUAACCACAUUUGCUGCAUUAAAUUUUGAACUUGUGUUCUCUGCAGCUCCAGCAAAUCUUGCAGCUCUGAAUGGAACAUAUUGCUCUCUGUUAGACAGGAAGCAAAUAAUUUCCCCUAAAUCUUCAGUAAUGGCCAAACCUACAGUGGUUCACUGAAUUUCUUCCCGAUUGUUUUUUAGUUUACAGUUUUGCCCUGUGCAUAGACUGAGAGUGAAAGUCUCUUUUCUUCAUUUUAUUCAUGCUGUGGAAUUGUCACUGAUUGUGGAACACAAGUUGAGCAAGAGCAGCCUCUGCUCCUUAUGGUUCAGCAGAAAUUCAAACAGAGACUUCUCAAGUCAUAAUAACAGCUUUUAAAAUGAAUAGAUAAUGGUUCACGGACUUCAGAGAAAGGGAGCAGAGCUUUUCCCUAGUGCUUUCAAUUAAUGCAAAAAAUUAACUCUUGCCAUCCAAGAAAGUAAAAAAAAAAUGCCAAGCUCUUAGUACUGUGACCUUUCCCAGCUUGGUUCAUGAACUACUUUACAUUUCUGAAAAAAUCAGAUUUUCUUCCUUGUAUCUGCUCAUGUGCUCUGUGAAACAGCAAAAUAGGGCCUUUUCUUUUCAGGGCUUGAGACUAAGGGGCUGGCAAUACAUUCUCAUUGGCUAUAUUGCUGCUUCCAAGAGAGCUGCCGGAAAAGCCAGAAGGAAAACAAAAAGGGGUUCUUUGUUCCAAGAGAGACUCCAGAGUGCAGAGUGACUCAUCUGGGGCAACCACAAAAUCAUGAGGAAGAAGCACACCUCAAACGUGCAGCUGAGUUGCUGUGUUAAACCUUGAUGAAAAGAGAUCAGUGACUGUAUUUUCCAAGUGUCUGUCCUACUUGGAUUUGCUGGCUUGUCCUCCUCUGUUAAUAGGCCAGAUGCAAAUUAAAGAUGAAUGAAGUGCUGUAGCACCUAGAGAACAAAUAAUCUUUCCAAGGAUAAAGUUGCCAAAAGACUUGGAUAUUGCAAACCUAAAUCACCUUUCCAUGCUUUGAAACCAAAAUAUUUAGCUACUUUCCAGACAUGCUCAUGCAAAUACACACUUGGAAGUUCAAGGAAGGGCACUGCAAUGCUUUGGGCCAAAUGUGAUGACGCCUAUAACAUUGUGUGCCUCUAGCAAUUGGCAGAGCUUUCCUAUUGCAAUUAAGACAGAUUUCUUAGAAAGUUCUGCAAAUGCACCAUUUUAUAAUAAAUUCUCAAUAUCCUUAUUGGGGACCCAUGAUUUCAGUAGAACUUAACUUCCAAGUAAAGCAUGCUUAAUGUUGUUGCGCUUGGAGUUACAUGUUCAGUUGACCUGCAAAGGCGAUCAUUCCUGGCAGUGCCCCAGCUCAGAAAACAUGUAUCUCUGCAUCAAAAAAUUAACUCCCCUGAAAAUCAAUAAAAACAUUUUUUUAAAAAACUCAGCCUCUUCAUAUAUAGAAAAGAACUCAGCUUAGAACACUUCAGAAAAACCAGCUUCCUUCAGGUAAAGGAGAGAUUAUUGAUUUUUAUAUAGAGGAAGAUUUCAUUCACGGUUCGCUCACAUCCAAUUCUGACAUAGUACAUCCCCAUGAGGACUGUAUUAUGUUGACAUUAUAGGAGUGAAAAAUGAUGAGCAAAGGGCUUAUUUUUCUUUUAAGUCUCUCCUAAUCUUAAGUUGUUUCAUGCUAUUACUAGGUUGAAGGAACGAAUGGUAAGGAAUUAACUCCCAGGGUGAAACGUCAACCGUUCUGCGUAUGUAAAACUUUCAACCAUUAUGCUCCAAGCUCUUUCAUCUUCUUUUGCUGCUUCUCCUGCUGCCAUAAUACUGGCUCCCCAUUUUUUGGUGUCCCUAUUUACCUUACGGUCCCAAACAUCCUUUGAAUUUCUGCUUCUCUUAAAAGUAAACGUGUUAUUUAACAAACCACAGCUGUCGCAUCAGACCAGACUCUUAUUGUACCAAGGACAUUUACUUCAAAAGGCUUCAGCUAGUCCUUUUCCUGAAUGGGAAAACCACGGAGUGUCUGGGAUUGGUGGAAGGCGAAAAGGACAAGAGGCACUUCGGUAUCUGGCAAGCUGGAGGAGCUGCAGAGGGGCUAUGGGAGCACAUGAGUUUACAGCACUGCUCUUCACCAGGUGUCCUGCUGCAUGGAUAAUUAUUGUUGCAAGCGCUAAACUCUGGAGGUGUCAAGGUGCUGACCUAACAGCCUGGAGCUGCAACCCAAUCAACUAACACUCCAAAGGGCUUCUGAUUCUUUGGUAGCCAAGUUGUUACCUGUAAACUGGAAGGGUGUGUGAAGGAGGCUAGAGCAGAAAAUAUGACUUUCCCAAUGUGAAGAGUUAAGCAGGAGCUCGCAAAUGGAACUUGGGUGCACGAGACUUGUUGGGAAUGAAUGACAGCUGACCACCACUUUAGCUGUGUAAAACUGUCCCCAUUAGCUUCUAAGACUAGCAGUCUUAUAUCAGCAGAGACCUACUUAAGGGCGAGGUAUACUAACUGCUGCAUCCUAAGAUGUUAUGUUAUCCUGAAUUUGAGUGCCAGGAAUUUCAGAGCACUUGGAACAAUAAGGCAGGGUUGGUCAAUUACACAAAUGGCUGUUCUUGUCCGUUUCUUGAAAUAGGCAGUGCCUCUGUUCUAGGUAAGUCACCAGCCCCCAACUUCCCCUGGUCUGUAAGAGAAGAACUGGGUUAGUAAUAGUAAAAUUGAAGAUGCAGCCUCAAAUAUAGCUGCUAGGAUGUAAGUCCUCAUGAACUCUGAGGUGUACGUCUAGGAAAGCAUAUUUAAAUAUUAUGCUCCUAAGCAGCAUAAAAGAGGCAUAUUGUAUUUCCAGUUUGUGGCCAGAUUAGCAACCUUAUUGGGAUUAGAGGAAACAGCAACAAUUUUCCCAGGAGAUUCCUAAAGUAGUGAGCCAAAUGAUGUGAGUGCAUAAAUUAAUAGGUUAGAAGGUAACUGAGAUACAGGGUUAGGAUUCAGUUUGCUAAGUUCUUCCAGGAUUUUCUCGUGUUUUAAUAUUGCAUUGCAGCUUUAACUGGAAAGAAAAAAGAGGUUCUGGGGCUCCUGUGCUGCUGGUUCAGCUUGCUGUCCAUUAGCAACUGGAAAUGUCCACGAGUGGAACUAGAAGUCUGAUUAUACGGCAAACUCGUUAUAUCUGGAAAGUAACCACCAGAGACUAAGAUUCUUAAAAUAUUGUUUUUCAGGAUGUGUUCUUAAUUUGCUUUUCACUUGUGAGUCCUGCAUCCUUUGAAAAUGUCCGUGCAAAGGUGAGUGAAAAACAUUUGUCUUUUCUUCCCUUGGGAGAUUUCCCACAAAUUUUUAACCUUCAUUAUUUUACAGCAAUAAAAUAAAUUAGUGGUUUGGUUUGUUUGUUUCUGUUUUGUUUGUUUUUAAUAAAGUCUUCAAAUUAAAACUGCAAGAGUGUUCGUUUCUAAAAGGAAUAUUUCAGGUUGAAUAUACAUAACUGCUAUUUUAAACAUAAGUGGUUGGAUUUUGUUUGUUAUUAGUUCUGCAGCAUUUGAGAACUAUUUUUUUUUAAAAUAAAAUAAAAUAUGAAUGCCCAAAGUGUCAGAAUGCCAAAUUUUGAUACUUUGGGCUGCUGUCAUUUGAAAGGCAACUGGAAUGCAAUAGUCACUUUUUCAUCUGCAAAAAUCAUGUUGGUAGUUUUAUUUAUUUAUUUAUUUAUUUAGCAAAAUUGGUAUCAACCCCCCUGCCAUUUUGUGUUAACAUCAAAUGUGAAAGUUUAUGGCAAACCUCAUUUUGGGUAAGAUGUCAUAAAGCUAUUAGUCAAGAUUGUUGGACGAUGCAACUACUUCCUCAGAGUGUUUCUGGCUUUUGGAACGAAAACCCUUUGAGAGAAUUGCUGGGUAGCCAUUCUACCUGGAUGCAGCAGGAUUAGAGAGACACCUACACAGCUCUCAUCCAUCAGCUUGGCUGGAACCAACUGUCAUUUGGCUUCUCUCCCUGAACUGUGUCCUUAUUUUGUUAGCCCCCUGGUGGACAUCGCUUGUGCUGUAAAAUUUAUUUUGUAAAAAUAAAAUAAAUAAUAGUGCCAGUCCUCUUUGUUUUUCCAGUCCCCCCUCCAUUCCUUUUGUAUCAUGUCUGUCUGGUUGUAAGCUACAGGCAGGAUCUAUGCUUCACCCUAGAAAACGUCAAGUGCAUUAUAAAUAAAUCUAGCUGUUCCUGACUGGCGGAUUGGGUCUCAGAGCUGUUCUAGCUGACGAAAGGGAAAGGCUGGGUCCUGGGAACUGUUCUGCUCUGUUUUGGGGGCUUCUGCUUAGAGGUAGAGGGGGUGGCUCUUAAGCUUGUUUAAUGCAUUGGUGGCUCAUCAUUUGGUAUACAGUUGGUCAUGCCUAAUACUUGCAAAUGAUGUGAAUUUCAACCCAACGAAUACCUGUAUUUUUGUUUUAUAUUCUUAAUAUGCAUGCUCUGUCUGCAUAUACAGAGAAGCUAAUCGCCCCUUUUUUCCUUCCAGUGGUAUCCAGAAGUGCGACACCAUUGCCCUAACACUCCCAUCAUCCUAGUGGGAACCAAACUUGACCUCCGAGAUGACAAAGACACCAUUGAAAAGCUGAAGGAGAAGAAGCUGACUCCCAUCACCUACCCACAAGGCCUUGCCAUGGCAAAAGAGAUUGGUAAGGCUUUGAUCUAUCUGCGUGAGCGCUAAUAGUUCUUGUGGAACCUAAAUUCAGCCGAAGGGCUGUGGAAUUUGGGUCUCAGUGGGUGGGGGACGGACUUCAGCCUCCAUUUUGACUUGCUAUUCCUUGGGGUUGGGGUGUUUGGAUUUCUAAGUAGCUCAGAUUUGUUCCGUUUUUUUCUGCAGGUGCGGUAAAAUACCUAGAAUGCUCAGCACUUACACAGCGAGGCCUCAAGACAGUCUUUGACGAAGCUAUUCGAGCAGUUCUCUGCCCCCCUCCUGUAAAGAAGAGGAAGAGAAAAUGUCUGCUACUCUAAUGCAGCCCCCGGUCCCAGCCCCUUCCUCAGAACCUUCUGUGCUUUGCUUGGAACAAUGGAGCAUUCACAACAAUGCCAAGUUCUUCUGUUAAAAAAGAUUAGUUCUCUUACAUCAAAAAUUUUGAACCAAUCAUCACUAUCUCUUUCCCCUUUGUUUAAAAAGUUAGAUUUUGUUUUUCUUCUACUAAAGAUAUCCUUUUUUUUUAAAAAAAAAAGACAAACCUAUAUAAAGCCUUAUUUUCCCAAGUCCCUUUGCUCAGAUUAAUCGAGUGUUGCCAAAUUACCUGCUCAUCUAUGUUGUAUUGUUGUGCUUUGUAGAUGGAGCACGAAACCUGUUUGUUUUUUUUAAGACAAACAGGUGUCUUUAAAGAUACUAAUGUUUUAUUAGGAAUUGCAAAACUUUAUAGGUUUCCCUUCCGAUAUCCUAUUGGUAGGAAAAUGCUGCUGUUUAAUACACUCAUCCAACUGAUGGUCUUAGUAUCUUUCUUUCAUGCCUGAACAACCGCAAUAAUUGACAGCAUACAGAUUCCCUCUUUUUUAAAUUAAAAAAAAAAGUUUUCCUGUUUGUUAAGGACUGUGAUUUAAACUUUUCCUUGAAAUGUAUUGUCUUCCUUGAGAGCAGUAUAUUGCUUUGAUUGGCGAAAGGUGCCUGGAUUGGUCAAGGGAAACUGCCCAACAGUAUUUUGACACUGUAAAGAUCAAUUUACACUACAUUGUCCACAAGUUGGUUAAACUCAGUGGAUUUCUCUCUUGUCUAAUAAAACCAGUAAACUGAAACCCUCUGUUGCAACUAAGCAGUAACUGAAGGGGGAAGGUUGGUAUUUUUUUAUGGAUCACUUGUUUGCAUUUUCCAGUGCCGCAUUCAUUUUGCUACAAUUUUGAACUGGUCAUUCCCUCACAUGUUCUUGCUAGAUGCUUUAUUGUAGAAUCUUCUUCCUGAGCAAUAUAACUUGUAUUUUAAAACCUUUCUGAUAUAUUUGCAUUUUUUUUUGUAGUUUAGAUAUAUUCAAGCAUAGCCUUGUUUCUGUUUCUCCCCGCCCCCCUUCUCCUGUCAUAAUAGUAUACAUGCUUUUUUGAAAGGCUUCCUUUAGUCUUCAGGUGACUUGAUGUAAAAAUCAUGUUCAGCAGAUUUACCACUUCUAGUACUUUUUUAAUAUUUCACACCACCUUAAUCACCUUCCUUUAAUGUCACCAUUUGCCAGGUAACCUGAUGCUGUAAUUUUACUAAUGCUGACAUCGCCCUUUUGACCUCGCCUCCUGUUGAUUGAUCUAGUAAUGGCAGUUGGUAUGUGAGGUUCUGUAACCUAGUGCUAACCAUGUUCCAUACAUCCCAGAUGCUGGCAAGAACACAACAUUGAGCUACAACCUUUCAACUACUAGAACAAAAAAUAAAAUAAAAUAAAUGGAGUUUGCAAGAUUGUGAAGUUUUUACAUUGAUCUUUUUGGUAAUGCAAUUUAGCAGUAUGUUUUGCAUGUAUGACUUAAUAAAUUUCUUGAAUCAC